CGCGUUGGCCCUGCUGACAUUGACGUCACUGGCCACGGAGACCGUCAGUAUGUGGCACGGAAAGGUGACGAUGCCUACACUGUGCUAUAGUGGCUAAUUAUGUUAACUGCAGUACUAAAUUGUAAUCGUAAAGAUAUGGCGCAUGUUUACUUGUGAUACGACGUUCGAUUUCCAAGAACCAGGAGUAUUUUUUUUCCCUGCGGUGACUUUUUUGACAACGCACCGUCCAUCUACACGGGACAGACGUUUCUGUACGCCGGUCUCUGGGUUAAGACUUCUGCGUUUCACAUAUAUCGAAUCUUCCCUUGUGUGAUGUCAUAAAAGCAAUACUGCCAGCCCCAAACAUCCAUGCAGGAGUAAUCAGAGACGUUCCAUGUCCAUUCAGCCUGCUGCUGGUUAACCGUUUCAAAGAAGAGGAUGAGACUGUCUUCUCACAGUCAGCGGCAUGAGCAUCCACAGCAUAGGGGGCGCUGUCAUGAAUUCUCUGGGCACUAGUCUGGUGGCUCAUAUGAGCAGUAAAGUGUUAGGCUGGCGUGGCUUGUCAGUGGAGCCUCUUCAGCCCGGCCGUAUCAGCUUCCUGCUGCAGACCAUGGUACCGACUGGGUACACCCAGCUGCAGGAGGAGCGGCUAGCAUUGAGCGACUUGGGGGGGAAGCAAGAUUGCCACCAGAAUGGGCUCCGCUCAGACUUGUCCAAUCUGGAAGACUGGCGCCACCCAGAUAGGGGUUCUUGGGCUUCCAGCAGCCUGUCUGAGCAUGGGGAUCGCUGUGGCUCGGAGACUGCUCCUAUGCUGGGCAACAACCAGCUUUCCGGUGAGGAAGGCAAAGAGGCUGAGCAGGAGGGAGAUGGUGAGCAGGGUAUGGCCACCAGGAGAAUGCCGAAGGAGUCACCACUGGCCAUGGCUCUGCAGAUCCUCUUGCCUUUUCUUCUGGCUGGGUUUGGCACGGUGUCAGCCGGUAUGGUACUGGAUGUUGUGCAGCACUGGGAAGCUUUCCAGAACAUCACAGAGAUCUUCAUUCUAGUACCUGCUCUCCUGGGUCUAAAGGGAAACCUGGAGAUGACUUUGGCUUCCAGACUCUCUACAGCAGUAAACGUGGGUAAGAUGGACUCCCCCAUCGAGAAGUGGAACUUGAUCAUUGGGAACCUCGCACUUAAGCAGGUUCAGGCCACUGUGGUGGGCUUUUUGGCUGCAGUAGCAGCUGCCAUUCUGGGCUGGAUCCCUGAAGGAAAGUUCCAGAUGAGUCACGUGAUGCUGCUGUGUUCCAGCAGUGUGGCUACGGCCUUUAUCGCUUCUCUGCUGCAAGGCAUAAUCAUGGUGGGUGUGAUUGUGGGUUCCAAGAAGACGGGCAUAAACCCAGACAAUGUGGCGACGCCCAUCGCUGCCAGUUUCGGGGAUCUCAUCACCCUUGCCAUCCUGGCCUUCAUAAGUCAAGGCCUCUACAACUGCUUAGAGUCCCAUCCCUACGUGGCGGCUGUGGUGUGUGUCUUCUUCCUGCUCCUAACGCCACUGUGGAUCGUCAUCUCCUCCAAGCACCCGGCCAGCCGCACGCUGCUGUACUCAGGCUGGGAGCCAGUGAUCACGGCCAUGGUCAUCAGCAGUAUUGGGGGGCUUAUCCUGGACAAAACGGUGUCCGAUCCAAACUUGGCUGGGAUUGUUGUCUACACCCCCGUCAUUAACGGUAUUGGUGGGAAUCUUGUGGCUAUCCAGUCCAGUCGAAUCUCUACCCACCUGCACUUCCACUGUGCCCCCGGUGAGGUACCAGAGGAGGCGCAGGGCUGUUACUACCCCUGCCGCACCUUUUACGGCUCAGGUGCCAAUCACCGCUCAGCACAGGUGCUGCUGCUGUUGGUUAUUCCAGGUCAUCUGAUCUUUCUCUACACUAUUCACCUGAUGAAGAGUGGUCACACCACUCUCACACCAAUUUUCACAAGUGUAUACUUGGCUACUGCACUGUUACAGGUUGUGACCCUGCUGUGCAUCGCAGACUGCAUGGUGCAUUCCAUAUGGAGUAGCGGCAAGGACCCUGACAGCUUCUCCAUACCUUACCUGACAGCCCUAGGAGACCUGCUAGGCACUGCACUCUUGGCACUCAGCUUCCACUUCCUGUGGGUUAUUGGGGAUCAAGAUAGCGACGUUGGGGACUGAGAGUAGGAGCUGUCCCGUUUUGAGGCCCUACCCAUUGUACUACGAUGCGUACGGGAGUGCAAUGUUUUGUUAGCUUGAACAUUCCACUGCUCCUCUCAUUAGACCUUUCUGGCAGAAAGCAUUUUCCAUUGUCUCUGCCAAGGAGAAGCUACUUCUGGAAGUCACAUGAUAAUUCAGUUUUGAUGGUAGCUGUGAAACUGCAGGACAACUCGAUCAAGUCGAGUAUCUUGCUUCCAGUGCUAAUGGGUAACAGCUAACCAUUCAGGAUCAGGGUUCCCCUGAUUGAAUGCAUUCUAGCAGGUUCUCCACCUCAGUGUAAUCCAUGGAGUCAGUGACAUAUGCUUUGAGAUAGCAGCUGAAUCUGAUAGGUCAGUGCCUGGAUUGCCCUUUCAGAACCCCUGUGAUAAUUCUUUAGGGAGUACGUUUUUGUUUGAGGGAAAAUAUGUUAUGGCUUUCAUGGGAACCAGCCGGAAGGUGGAUCCCAAAGAUUCUGUCUUAAGUUUUCUGUUCUGACAUGCAGGCUGCAGCUUCUGUCUUAAUGGCUUUUUCAUAGCAGCACUUUAAAUUAGCAGUGUGAAGCAUACUACUCCAUUAUUCUCAUUGCUUCCUCCCUCUGACCAAACUUUCAGGUGGCAGCAUUGUCACUGAGUCGUUGCUUAUGGUUAUAUCCUAACUCUCUCUGCAUUUUGGGGUGCUAACUCAUAUUUCAGAGUGUCAAGAACCCUAAGAAAAAUCCAAAUAGAAGGAGCAGUGAUCUCUGCCUGUGCCACAUGUUAUUGAGAUGAUAAUGAAACGUAUGUCUCAUGACAUUUGUUAGGGAAGGAGAUAUAAUGCCAGUAUAUUUUAUUUUGACUGUUGUCCUUUUCAAAAUCCAUCAGCGCCUUUAAAUAUUAAACGUAGAUUUUUUUCAGACAAUACCAGCAGUUUCAUGUGUUUUGUUACUGUUAUGUUAAACCCACCUAGUGCCCCUCAUGUUAAGCAGAUGUGGAUAAAAAGCAGUCUGUGUUUCAGCCCAGUGGGCAUGUUUUGUUCAUACAUGGUGUUGUUUAAUACUGUCCUCACCACUGCUCUGACCAUCCCUGCCACAAAAAAAAUCUGUGCUGCUGUUUCCAUGUCGGCCUUUUUGAACAUCUUUUACUUUCUGUAAUGGUGCUGAAAUUAUUUUUUAAACAAGAAAUUUCUACAUGAUGAAAUAUUGCCCAGUGUUUUUUUUGUGAAUUGUUUUCAGUUUUUUACAUUUUAUAUGCUGUAUUUAAGAUGUUAAAUGUAAAGCAAAAUACCUAAAAUUGGCAGUUUCAUGACCUAGGAGUUCUAGUAGAGUUUUUCAUUCCAUCCUGUAAAGCCCUGUGUCCAAAGGAUCUGUUCAACAUCCAAGGGGAGAAGCAAAUUCCCCUGAGCUCCUACACACCUGACUUGGUAACUGCAGUCCAAAAGUUAAUUUAACGUGCCCUGACUACAGCUUGGUACUGGUGUUUGAUCUGGGGUCUCAUGCACUCACCUGCAGGAGACAAGUGGUCUCUCCGCUGAAAUCUGUCAUGCAAGUUCUUGCAUUUACGUUGUUCCAGGAUUAGUCCCAGAUGUGAAAGCUGUGUACAUGAGUGACUUUCUUACUUUAACCUUAAAGCACAGUACUGUAAGGAAACUGUGUGGUGCACCAUGAAUGCAGUGCAUUAUUCAUUCAGAUAUAGGUUUUAGGGAUGUCCUGAUCUGAUCCAUUUAGUAUUUAUAUCCGCCAAUUUCGAAUACUGGUCUGAUCUUUUAAUAAAUAUUUAAAUAUACAUACACAUACAGUCAGUGUUGGUCCAUUCUUCGUCUGAGUAGGCCUUGCAGUUUUGCUGUUUUCUUCCUUAUGAUUUUUCAGACAAGUGCCUAAUUAGAUUUGUUGUAAUAAACGAUGCUCUGGAAUCUCUGCCUUUAUGAUGUCUUAUAGUCCCAGGUCCCAAUUUUCAGAAAACUGUUUCAGUGUCUUGGAUAGGCUCCAGACCCCCACAGCCCUGAACAGGACAAGCGGUUCAGAGGAUGUAUGGAUGGAUGGGUUCAAUGUUGAGAUUUUGUUAUGGCUGGUUACAUGGCUUCAUCAAACUUGCCUUUUCACAUUGGCCCUAUGGUUAUACUUGUCCAGUUAAUGGAGACCACACUUGUUACAUUAAAAAGAACAGCUCAAGGUCCUCAUCUACUGUCAGGUACAUGCAGUGGCGCAGAUAGGAUUUUUGAAUUGGGGGGACCAAGCUUAGCCAGGCAAGCGCCGCUCAAUUUCAUUCACCUCUAGGAACUGCGUUAGCGAGCCGGGCCAAUCAGCAGAGGGAGGGCUGAAAGCAGUAACGCUGAAUUCAAACGAAAAGAAAGUCUGUCACCGUGUAGUGAACACAUGUCAAUUACUAGGGUUCACAAAGUGAAACAAUGUGAAAGGGGCUGAUGCAUCAGGCUAGACCAAGAUGUCCGCAUUUCAACUGUACCGUAAUUAGAACUAGUGCUUACAUUUUUUUGUGCAAUAAAGGCCUUAACUGGUGCUUAAUUAGUCUGUUUGUGUAAUUUAGGCCAAUGGUUUGCAAUAAAAAACAAUAAAAAUGAGAUACUUAUUUGAAACCACAGAGCAACAAUGAACACCGUCAACAAAGUCCUACUUGAUAAAUGCUACCCAUACAGGAUAAACCUUUCAUUUGUUACUGUGCCAAUCAAUCACCAAAGAAAGAAAUACUGUUGAUGCUGUAAAAGGGCACUGUUAUAAUAAGAUGAAGCCCAAUCUAAGAUAGGCUAUGUGAACGUCCUGUCCGUGUGUGAACGGUAGCCCUGAACAGACAUCCCUUUGAUCAUUUUCCUAACGAAACAUUGCUAUGCUUGCUCGAUUAUGCACGGAGAGUCAGAUUAAUCUGCGUCAAAACUGCCUUAACAUAUUAACGCUAACAGCACUAAUUUUAACAUUAGCAUAAUAUCGAUACCCUAGAAAGGCAUUCAUAUUUAGCCUGUUGUAAGUUAAACAGGCAACAAGUAAGGGAUAGCCUACUUACAUCGUUUAGUUUUUGAAAAAAUAUGCUGUAAUUGUUUUUUGCCUUUUCGUUGUGUUUCGUACUUCUAUUCAAUCCAUCAGAUGGGCCUAGUGGUCACUAUGGUUACCACUACAACUUUUACAGGCACCGAUGAGGCAGUUCGUACGAUUCAGGACCCCUUAACAAUAACAAAAACACAAGAAGUGCUGCUAGGAGCUUGAAGGUAGCCGUAAUAAAGCAUGUUCAGAUUUUCAUUGAAGAUGUGUGAAAUAAAAUGUUUCAUUCCCUAAAA